GAGAGACGCGUUUCACCGUGGGAGCAGAGUGGAGUGGUGAGGGUGAGAAGUGGCGUGGUCAGGUGGUCGGGCGUCGCGUUCGGGGUUGCGUCCUGCCGGUUAUAAUCAUAGUCGAAUAAAAUAGUAAAUUAUUUGCAAUGUCAGAAGCAUCGGAAUCAGAGUCGGAGUACAAUUCGUCCGACGAGGAGCUACAGGAGGCCCUCGCGAAGGGAUUACUGAAACCGGGGCUCAACGUUGCGGUCGAGAGUGGCAAGCAGUCCAAGAAUUGCGUCAGUCUCAUGAAGCAAAAAUUGGACGAGAUGAAGCUGGACUUGCCGUGGAUCGAGAGGCUGGACAUGGUAAACGCCCCCGCACCGUUAGCACCGGAAUUGGCGCUUCAAAUGCAGGAGCAGGAAGUAAGGCGGGCCAAGCAGUUGCAGGGAAAUAAAAAGUUACCUCAGUACAAGCCGUCCGAGGAUCCCGUCCUGAAUGACUUUCGUAGAGAGAACAUGUUCCACCGUCAGGCUCAGGGUGCCGUUAUGGAUGGCAUGAAUAGAUUAAAGAAGCUCGGCGUACCAAUGUCGAGGCCGGACGAUUACUUCGCCGAGAUGGCCAAGUCCGACGAGCACAUGCAGAAGGUGCGGGAGAACCUGAUGAAGAAGCAGGUGAUAGCGCAAAGAUCGGAAAAGGUGAGGCAGCUGAGGCAGCAGAGGAAGGUUGCGAAGCAAAUGCAAGUCGAGGCGACACUAAAGAAACACGCGGAGAAGAGAAAAUUUAUGGAGGAGGUUAAAAAGUAUCGCAAGGGUGUACGGAAGGAUCUCGAUUUCUUGGACGACAAGAAGAAACCACAAGGUAGACAGCCGCUGAAUCGCCGAACGAAUCCGAAGGCGCAAUUAAAGAUGAAAAUGAAAAAUGCCAAAUAUGGUUAUGGAGGUAAAAAGCGCGGCAGCAAAUGGAACACGAAGAGCAGUUCGGCCGACGUUUCCGAGUACAGACGGCCACCGAAACCGGGUGAAGGCAGAAAAGGAAAAGGUGGAAAGGGAAAGCAAAGAUUAGGCAAGAAUCGUAGAAUGCAAAUGAAAACAAAGAGGAAGUCGUAAAGGCUGUAAGUAUCGCCAGGGAUAAUAAUCAUAUAUUGUAUAUCACGUUAUAUGAUUAUUAUUACGUUUUUUU